UGUCCCUCGUGUCUAAAGCAUGGUUUGCCAUAGCGGAUAAACAGCUCUGGAGCAGCCUUCCCUCCCUUUUCCCGCUGCUGAAAUUGUUUCCUGAAGACUCGAGGGAUAUUGACAUGGCUUUUCGGCGUGUGCCCACGGUGCUGUUUCGGCGUGCCCUCGACAAACAUGACUGGGAUCCAGUCUUGAGGCGCUCUCGCCAUGUCAAGGUGAUUGAUGCAGACUUACCAAACGCAGAAAUGCAUUAUGAUCGUACCACGCUUGAAGCACUGGCUGCCUGCCCAUCGCCUUCGUCGUUCCUUCCUGCUUUCAAGACUCUCAUCCUUCCUGACAAUAUUUUCUCAUCCGCCAAAGACAUA